AUGUUUGUCACAACAACUUUAGCUUGGGAAUUGUCGCACGCUGUAGAUGGGCUCAUCUUAAUUGUUUUCCACGAUAGAUUCCGUGUGCUACUGCGACAGCUAUCGUUACUCUGGCAAAAUAUAUGUUCACCAAGUUCAGUCGUCACCGCUUCUGUUUCGAGGUAA